AUGAUCCAGCAAGCGCUGAACGACAAUCCCUCAGAUCCUACAGAUAAAAACAUGGUGGAGCAACCCGAAAAACUUCAAGCUGAAGAUUGUGGUGGAAAGAAUGAACCAGAACCGAUCACACAGGAGCCGUUCACCAUUUCGCCAAAUCUUGAUGAAGCAACCACGUCCUCCCCAGUGCUUGCAAGAUCUGAAUCAAGCCUCCUACGAAUCCGUGCUCAGAUCAGACACGCGAAAACUGUGGAGACCAAGGACGGUCUAAGAGCCAUGUCAGAAGCUGAAGACACAGCGGAGUCGGACGUUGACAGUGGGGAUACCAACACCUCUCUUGACGCUUCCACGAGAUCGAUUUCGGGUACCCGAAUGCUUUUGAAUGAGCUACCCAAGCACGCAAACCAAGUACUUCAGCGGGCUAAAACAGAUCUUGAAAAAUCUGGCAACUUAAAGAGAGAGAUUCGGGAGAGUGUUGUUUCAGGGUUAUACACUUUAUAUGAGAUGAUACUUAAGCUGUCGGACUCAAGAACGCUACAUAUGCUUGAGUCAAACAAACAGAAAUUAAACGUUUCUCGAGAAUCCGAAAGGCUCACCCAAAGGCAUGCUAGGUUUAUGCACGAAACCUUGGGACAAUAUGCCCUCUUAAAAGAGAAUAUAGAGAAACUCCAAAAAGAAACUGAAUCGACACGACUCAUUCUCUCCUAUGACCUCUGCGAGGCAAUCACCGCAACAAAGCGAGAACUUGCCAGUGUUAAAAAUGAGAUUACUGCAGGUUCGUCUCUGACAAGUCAAAUAUUAUCAUUAAGAGAUGAACUAAGGCAGCUCAAAGAUAAUAUAAGUAACCGUCAUGACUUCAAUUGA